AUGUCCUUCCUCUUCGGCGGCGGGCGCCCGCAGCCCACAUCGGCGGAGAAGAUCGCAGCCGCAGAGAUGGAGGUUGACAUGGUAUCAGACAUGUUCAGUCGACUAGUCCGAUCCUGCUCGAAGAAAUGCAUACCUCCCACCUACGCCGAAGGCGACCUCAAUAAGGGCGAAUCCGUCUGCCUUGACCGAUGCGUGUCCAAGUUCUUCGAGGUCAACGUCAAGGUGUCAGAGAAGAUGCAGGGAGAUGCGCAGAACAGGGGUGGUGGAGGCGGUGGCAUGUUUGGGAUGUAA